GCAAAAUAGUCUCUAUGGAUGACCUACUUGCAGCUGCGGAAAAUGAUGAUAAAGGACUCGCUAUAAUCGAAUGUCUUGCAAAGACAAACAGUGAAAGUUUAUUCAAUGUAUACAGUAAAAUAGGCCAUGAUCAUGCAGCAGCCGAAUAUGAAGCAUCAAUACAAGAUGACAAUUCAGAGGGAUCUGAAAGUUUUGCUCAGACAGCGCCACUACGAUUCUCGAUAUAUGAUAUACCAGCCCUCAAUUUUCACAAAGGAGUAUGUAACUUUGAGGUAAAACCCGUAAAUUUCAUUCAAUUGGAAUACGAACAGGAUAAAACAGACGCGUUACAAUGCUUGAAAAAUUGCGCCGGUAAUUUCAUUUCCAGAGUGAAAAACUUGUUGGUUGAUAUGAGAGACAAAGCCAUAAGCACAUCUAGUCUUCGAAUGGAUAAAUAUGUCAUCAAACACGUGAAAGGUAUUCCACAUUCGCCAUUUGUAUUCUCAAAAGAAAAUUUUUACUUCGGUAUGAAUGAUUAG